AUGAUUGGUUUUGACGACGUUAAAAUUAUUUCUUGGAACGUAAGGGGUGCGGUCAAUGAGCAUGGGAAGCUUUUUGUGAAGGAGCUAAUCCGUAGCAAGAAGCCUGACAUCUUUAUUCUUCUGGAAACGCGUUGUCCUUUCAGUAGGGUUGCUCAGUUCUGGAACUCAAUGCAAUUUUCUCCUAGUUUUAUCUCUGAGGCCACAGGUUUCAGUGGUGGGAUAUGGGUUCUAACCAAUAACAAUUCAGCGUUCUCUAUGAGACUGGUGGACAUGCACACUCAAGCCAUCUCUUUUGAGAUCUGGAGGGAUUCUUUUGCUUGGGUGUGUACGGCAGUUUACGCCUCUCCUAUCCCAGCUCAACGGGAAGCUCUCUGGCAUCAUUUAACUGGCCUUCGUGAUACCAUCAUGAUCCCUUGGAUGCUUGUGAGGGACAUGAACGAAAUUCUUCACCCCUCGGAAGUGCGUGGUGGGGAGUUUAUUAUUACUAGAGCAGCUCGUUUUGCAGCUCUUCUUGAGGAUUGUCGCCUAGUUGACCUUGGUGCGGUUGGUGGUAGAUUCACAUGGUUUCGUAAAACCAAUAAUAGAGUUAUCCUAUCAAAACGCCUUGACAGGGCUUUGGGUGAUAUUGAUUGGAGGGUGGCUUUCCCUGACGCCUUUGUGGAGGUCCUUCAUCGCAUUCAUUCUGACCACAGUCCUCUGCUGAUCCAUUGUGGCAUAUCUGGGGCAGCGCCCACUAAUCGUCCUUUUCGCUUCAUUGCUGCUUGGGCGGACCACCCGGAGUAUAAAAAUCUUGUGGCCGAAGCUUGGGUCGAAGAUGGGAGAAAUAUUGUGGACAAGCUGGAUAGGGUAAGAUCUGAAUCUAUCUCUUUCAAUCGAGAAACCUUUGGAAAUAUUUUCAGGAGGAAGAGAUGGGUUGAGGGGCGUCUGAGGGGUGUCCAAAGAGAGCUUGAUGCAAGGAUUACAUCAGACAUGGUUCGUUUUGAAGCAGAACUGCAAGCUGAGUACAGAGACAUUUUGAGGCAAGAAGAACUCCUCUGGUUCCAGAAAGCUAGAGAGAAUAGGGUUCGUUUUGGCGACAGGAACACCUCUUAUUUCCAUACCCACACUAUCAUCCGCAGAAAGAGGAACCGUAUUCACAGAUUGAAGCUGCUUAGUGAUGGGGAGUGGCACUCGGAGAAUGACGUCUUGGUGAGGGAAGUCCAAGCUUAUUUUCAAAAUUUAUUUGCUCGUGAUCAUAAUAUUGGUGAAGCUAUGCUUCACCAUGAUGUUUUUCCUUCUCUUUCCGAUGUCCACAGGAAUAAACUCAUGGUCCCUGUAACUAAAGAUGAGGUUCGUAAAGCCCUCAUGUCCAUGAAGCCCUAUACCGCUCCAGGCCCUGAUGGUUUCCAACCCUUCUUUUUCAAGAAGUAUUGGGAAUUUGUGGGGGAUGAUCUGUGGACUGUGGUGAGGAAUGCUUUUAAUGAGGGGUCGGCUGACAGAAAUCUUAUGGAAACAUUGAUUGUGCUUAUUCCAAAGGUAGACACCCCCUCUACUAUCAAGGAAUUUCGCCCGAUCAGCUUAUGUAAUGUGACGUACAAAUUAAUUACGAAGGUGAUUGUCAAUAGAGUUCGUCCGUUCCUGAAUAGGCUUAUUGGCCCGAUGCAGAGCAGUUUUCUCCCGGGGAGAGGCACUACUGAUAAUGUGUUCUUAGCCCAGGAAAUUAUGCACUAUAUGAAUUCAUCCUGCUCUCGAAAAGGGAGUUUAGCGUUUAAAAUUGACCUGGAGAAGGCCUAUGACAGUGUCUCCUGGUCCUUCUUAAGGGAAACCCUUGAUAUGUUUGGCUUCCCGAAUGCGCUUCGGGAUCUCAUCAUGUGCUGUGUCACCUCUUCUAGGCUUUCUAUCCUUUGGAAUGGGGCUAGACUUCCAGCUUUCUCUCCGGGGCGAGGCUUGAGACAGGGAGAUCCUUUGUCCCCGUAUUUGUUUGUUAUGUGCAUGGAGCGCUUAUCGGUGCAAAUUCAUCAGUUGGUCAACUCUGGUGAUUGGAAGCCAAUCAGAGUCUCUCCUAGAGGUCCGCCUAUUUCUCAUUUGUUGUUUGCAGAUGACGUUCUCCUUUUCUGUGAAGCGACAACUGCCCAGGUGCAAUUAGUGGCGGAUACACUUCAAACAUUCUGUGAUUGUUCGGGGUUGAAGAUUAAUGUUAGCAAAUCCAAGGCUAUAUCCUCCAAGGGGGUGCGUCCGGAGGUGCGUAGUGAAAUCCGGAGUAUUGCACCUAUCCCCUUUGUCAGGGACCUAGGUAAAUACUUGGGCUUCCCCUUGAAAAGUGGCAGGUCUGCUCGUAAUCGUUUUAAUUACUUGCUGGAAAAUGUUCAGAAGAAAAUGGCUUCUUGGAAGACCAAUCUUCUUAAUAUGGCAGGGAGGGUGUGCCUUGCAAGAUCGGUCAUAGCUACAAUCCCAACCUACACGAUGCAGGUUUUCUGGCUACCUCGCGGUAUUAUCAACAACAUGAACAUGAUAUUAAGGAACUUUAUCUGGUCCAAUAGAGGGGGGCAUCGCGGUUGGCAUCUCUUGAGCUGGAACACAGUCAUAAAGGAAAGGAAAAAUGGGGGCCUUGGCAUUAAGGAGAUGGGAGCGUUUAAUACUGCCCUCCUUGGUAAAGCAGUUUGGCAAAUGUUACAGGAUGGCAACAAGCUGUGGAUAAAGGUCCUUCAACAUAAAUACUUGAAAGAAGGCUCUAUUUUGAAUGCUCAAGUGACUCCGAGAUCUUCUGCGAUUUGGAAAGGGAUCCUCAAAGCUAGAGAUCAGCUCAAGGAUGGCUUCAAGUUCAUGCUCGGAGAUGGAAACUCCUCCAUUUGGUAUCGGGACUGGUCUUCCUAUGGUAUCCUCGCCAACCAGCUCCCUUUUGUGCACAUUUCAGAUACGAAUCUGUGUCUGAAGGAUGUGAUUGUUGGCAAUCAGUGGGUUUUGGAUCGUUGUUUUACUGUAAUUCCUGACCAGGUUCGGAUGUGGUUCGAUAAUGUCAGCCCAAAGCUUAGUUCUAAUGAGGAUGACAUCUGGGUUUGGGACCCUGGAAGCAAUGGGCAGUACACAGUGAAAGAAGGUUACACUUGGGUUCGUGAUCUGCAAGUCACUCAACCCCCCCAAGAGGAUUGGACUUGGGUGUGGAGGCUAGCGGUGCCGGAGAAGAUCAGAUUAUUCGUGUGGCGUGCUCUCCAUGGUGCCCUUCCGGUGAAUGAAAAGCGUUUUCACUGUCACUUAGCAACAACAGCAGCGUGCAGUCGGUGUUCUUUUGGCCAGGAGGAUUGUCUUCAUUGUUUAAGAGACUGCCCACACUCCAUGGAACUUUGGUCUCGGCUGGGAGCUCUUUCCUGGACAAAUUUUCGAGCUGCUGAUUAUAGAGUUUGGAUUAUUUCUCAAGCUAAAGGUCCUAAUGCAAUCAAAUUUGUUGCUGGAAUGUGGGGAGUGUGGAAGUGGAGAAACAAUAUGAUGCUUGAUCCUAAUCCUUGGCCCAUUAGUAUAGCUUGGCAGAAGUUGUGUAUGGAACAUGAUGACAUUUUGCAUUUCCUCCAUCAGGAUCAGGAGAUUCAGAGCUUGUUGCUGCGAGUUGACAUUUGGCAACCCCCUCCAAUACACUUCGUGAAGCUCAACACGGAUGGAAGUUACUUGGAUGAACAACACUGCAUGGGAGGAGGAGGUCUCAUUAGAGAUAAUAAGGGUAAGUUUCUCACUGGGUUCCAAAGCCUCAAGGCUGCUGGGUGCCCCUUUCUAGCUGAAGCGUUGGCUCUCCGCGAGGGCCUUCUCCUUGCCUGGAACACAGGAUAUCGCAAUGUGUUAUGUGAAGUUGAUUGUCAUGACCUGGUUGCUUUGCUGGUGGAUACGGACGUGGACAGAGUUAGAUUUCAUGGUAACCGUGCUGUUUUGCGUGAGCUGCAGCACAUUUUGUCAAGGAAUUGGAACAUUAGCUUGAGUUGGAGUCAUAGGAACAGUAAUAUGGCAGCAGAUUGGAUUGCUAAGCGAGGCGCUCAUGGCCUCCAUCCGGGUGUUAGCUAUUUAGAUAGGCCCCCAUCAGCUUUGGAGUCAAUCAUGUUGAAGGACUCCUUUGAUGUUCCUUAG